AUGGAGGAACCAACCCGUUCUGUUGUUGUAAAACAUUGGGCUACAACCGACUGCUUCUACACCAAUCAUAUCCUAAACUGCUUGUCCAACGAACUAUACAUUGUUUAUUCUUUCUACAAUUAUGCCUAUGAAAUCUGGAAUGCAUUGGACAUUAAGUAUGCUAUAGAAAAUGCCAGAAAUAAGAAAUAUGUCAUUGCCAACUUCCUAUACUUCACCAUGAAAGAAGACAUUGACAUGUCUGCCCAAAUAGAUGAGUUCCAGGUUCUUGUGGGGGAAUUGGCAAAAGAAGGCAUGGUACUGCCAGAUGAAUUCAUUACCAGUUCUCUCAUAGAGAAACUGCCACAUACAUGGAAUGAUUUCAAGACCAGUAUGAAGCACAAGAGGAUUGACACUACUUUGGACCAAGUAGUGGCCCGAGUUAAGAUUGAAGAAAAGAACAUAAAGAAAGAUGAUGACCAGUUUUCCAAAACCAAUCUGGACUGCCGGUACCGAAAGAAUAAGGAUUCUAAGAAUCCGAAAGUCAAUUUGACUAAGGAUGUUAUCGCAGCCAUGGUAACUGAGGUAAAAUUAGUUGAUAAGCCGAAAGAGUGGAUACUAGACAUUGGUGCUACCAAGCACAUCUGUGGGGACUGCAUUUCCUUCUAUGAGUAUACAACUCAGACUGAAAGAAAUCAAGCUUUCAUGGGAAACUCAAAAACUUUGAAGGUCACUUGCAAAAGAAAGGUGCUCCUGAAACUGACUUCAGGAAAAAUUCUAAUGUUGGAUGAUGUACUGCAUGUGUUGGAGAUCCGACGAAAGUUGGUAUCGGGAGCACUCCUCAACAAGGUGCACUAUUCUGAAGAGUCUCUUGUCUGA